UUCUAUUAAUUUUUCGCUUUUUCCUUGGGGGUUCCAUUUUACACUGAAUGAAAUCAACGGAAAUCAAUAACUUUGAAUUUUACUUAAAAUGAUGAGAUCACAAGGCUUACUGAUUUAACCCUCCUAGGUAUAGAGGCGGUCCAUUGGACCGAAAUUUUUGGAAAAAUUGAAUAAAAAUCGAAGUAAAUUAAAAAAAUUCAAAAUUUUUCGGGCAGAUAUAAUUCAUGUACAUACUGUUUCUAUCAUAAAAUAAUUGUAUAUGUUGUGGACAUUUGAUAAAACCAAAUCUCACCUAGAACGUAUAGUGGCGGUCCAUUGGACCGCCCAUACAAAAUGCAUGAAAACCUCAUAUAAACAGUAAAAAAUAAAACAAUUCAAAACUAUAAACAGUGCACAUUCUGAAUUUUGCGUUAUAAAACGGUGCAUAUAGAGUAGAUUCAGCAAUGUAGCAAAAAAUAAAAAAGAAAGAAUUUGUGUAUAUGUGUAUAUAAGCUAAAAAACACAAACAUGAUUCGUUCGCUGUCGAUCAAAAGUGUGGUUUCUGAAGAUGAAAUCAACACAUUUUAUAACAGCACAAAAGGUGGCGUUGAUCAUUCAGAUCAACUGUGUCAUAGCUAUUCAUGUCAACGAGGCAAAAAUCGUUGGCCUUUCUUCAUGAACUUGAUCAAUGUAUGUGGACUUUACAUUGUGGAGUCGCUGCGUUCAUUAUUUAUAAUCCAAGACAUGGAAUUACACGAGAUCGGUAUUCAUUUCAACGCAAGAAACUUUUGAUCGAAUUAUCGGAAGCAUUGGUGUAUGAUCAAAUAGCACGCAGAUCCACUUAUGGAUUUAAUAAAGCGCAUCGAGCUGUACUCAGCACAGUUCAACAGCACCAUCCACUCCAACAACGCAAACCAAACAAGAUAAAAAAGUGCAUGUCAUUUAUGUCCCACUAAAAUCAAUCGAAAGACGCGAACAUAGUGCAGCAAAUGUAUGCAAAAUGUUUGUGGAGAACAUUCCGUAUAUAUUUGGCGUUUGCCAUUUCAGCGGUCUUCCGUGUUUUUCAUACAAGCUUUCCACAUAGAUGGUAUAAAAAAUCGCGAAAAAUGAACCAAUUACGGAUCAAUUGGAUCCACAAACAUUUGGUGAUGAAGUGCCAGCAACAGAAGAGACAAAUGAAAUUGAACCGGCUCAAGGUGAAGUCGAAGAUCCUGUUGUGCAGCAUCAAGUAUCACGCAAGGGUGUGUUUACCGUAAGAGUUGAUGACGAUGUGGAAUACACUUACUCCUCAAUAGAACAAUUUCAACCGGCUACAAUCAUCAACGGUUAUGAAAUUAAAUCACAUGACAUGUUGUCCAACAACUUGCCAUUUAAGAAACAUGAAAGCGGGGAUCGUGGAUAUAUUGUAAAACUUCAAGGCAAAAUGACUCAAAUACAGUUAUCGGCACGUGCUGUCAACGGUUUGAUCAAAUUUAAUACGGAACGGCGCAACGAUGUUGGCAUCGAUAAAAAAUUUCUGAAGGCUUUACUCAUCGGCAUAUGUACACUCAAGCGCAUAAAAGAAUCAGUGUCGAUGUUUGAUAUCGACAAUGCUUUUCUGGGACUCGUCAAGGAUAUGUUUGCUUUUAGUGUAGCAGACGACGAAAAUAAUGGACAGCGUUUGGCUUCAUUUGAACAAUUGGUUGAACAGAUUUGCACCGAAAUCCGAAACAACGUACUUUGAAAUUUCGUUUGAUUAAACAUCAAUUUCAGUAUUUAUUAAAACCAACAUUUAUUUUUGAUUUUUGAAUUGAUUAGGGACGAAUUUUAACAUUUAA